AUGGAAAAUAUGGGCAGAAUGAUAAGCUUGAAUGGUGCUAAUUAUCAUCUGUGGAAAGGCAAGAUGGAGGAUUUGCUUUUCGUGAAGGAAUUCCAUAUUCCGGUAUUUCAAGAGAAGAAGCCUGAGAAGAAAACUGAUGAAGAAUGGAUCUUGAUGCAUCGCCAAGUCUGUGGUCUGAUAAGGCAGUGGGUUGAUGAUAAUGUUUUGCAUCAUAUUGAAAAUGAGGUUAAUGCUCGUUCUUUGUGGUUGAAGCUGGAGCAGCUGUAUGCUCGGAAGACCGGGAACAAUAAAAUGUACAUGAUCAAAAAGUUGAUUGAGCUCAGAUAUCAGGAGGGAACUCCGAUGACAGAUCACUUGAAUGAGUUUCAGGGAUUGCUCAACAAGCUUUGUGAUAUGGGCAUCAAGUUUGAUGAUGAGAUUCACGGUUUGUGGCUUCUUGGUACAUUACCAGAUUCUUGGGAGGUGUUCAGGAUGUCUCUUUGUAACUCUGCAUCGGAAGGUACCAUUUCGAUGGACUUAGUGAAGAACAGUGUUUUGAAUGAGGAAGCAAGAAGGCAGUCAAAUGCUAGUUCUUCGCGUUCAGAUGUUCUGGUUUCUGAGUCAAGGGGGAGGAGUACAUACAGAGAGUCCAAGAAGAACAAGAACAGGAGCAGGAGCAAGUCUAGUAGAUUUGCAAAUUUGGAGUGCCAUUACUGUCAUAAGAAAGGGCACACUAAGAGCCAUUGCUGGAAGUUAAAGAAGGACAACAAGCAGCAAGGAGAUGGUGAAGAUCGGGUGACAGUCACCGAAGAUCAGUUCUUUAUCCUUCUUGAGAGUGAUGCCAUUAAUGUUGCAUGCCAAGACACAAGUUGGGUGAUUGAUAGUGGAGCUACUACUCAUGCUACAUCGCAUCAGGAUUUGUUCACUACCUAUACUUCAGGUAGUUAUGGUUCUGUAAAGAUGGGUAAUGAUGGUUCAGCUCGAGUUGUUGGCAUUGGUGAUAUUUGCUUGGAGACUAGUCUUGGUACUAAGCUUAUGCUUAAAGGAGUUAAGCAUGUCCCUGAUAUUCGAUUGAACUUGAUAUCUACGGGAAGACUUGAUGAUGAAGGUUUCUAUAGUUUGUUUGGUGGUGGUAAAUGGAAGCUUUCACGUGGUUCUAUGGUUGUGGCUAGAGGUGAUAAGUUCUCAUCCUUUUAUUGGAUGCAAGCUAAGGUCUCCAAAGAAACUGUAAAUGCAUUGGAGAAUGACGAUGCCAUGGAGUUGUGGCAUAAGAGACUUGGUCACAUGAGUGAGAAAGGUUUGUGUGUGUUGUCUAAGAAGUCUAUUCCAGGGAUUUCUGGUUUGCACUUGCAGAAGUGUGCGCAUUGUAUUGCGGGGAAACAACACAGAGUAUCUUUCAAGUCUUCCGCGCCUUCUAGAUUACCCGAGAUACUUGAUCUGGUGCACUCAGAUGUUUGUGGUCCAAUGAAGACAAAGUCUCUUGGUAGUGCAUCCUAUUUUGUCACUUUCAUUGAUGAUCACUCUAGGAAGUUGUGGGUUUAUACUAUGAGGACGAAGGAUCAGGUUUUGGGAUAUUUCAAGCAUUUUGUGGCAUUGGUUGAGAGACAAACGGGAAAGAAGUUGAAGUGUAUCCGCAGUGAUAAUGGUGGAGAAUAUUCUGGACCAUUUGAUGCUUAUUGCAAAGAGCAUGGUAUUAGGCAUCAAUUUACGCCGCCUAAGACUCCACAGUUGAAUGGGUUGGCUGAGAGGAUGAACAGGACGAUUGUUGAGAGAGUGAGAUGCUUGAUCUCACAGUCAGGCUUAUCUAUGACUUUCUGGGGUGAAGCCUUAAGCACGGUUGUUCAUGUGCUUAAUUUAUCACCAAGUUCUCCAUUGAAUGGUGAUAUUCCCGAGAGAGUUUGGACUGGUAAGGAUGUUUCUUACGAUCAUUUGAGGGUCUUUGGAUGUAAGGCUUUUGUGCACAUUCCCAAGGAUGAGAGAUCGAAGCUUGAGAUGAAGUCUCGACAAUGUGUGUUCAUUGGUUAUGGUCAGGAUGAGUUUGGAUACAGAUUUUAUGAUCCCGUUGAGAAGAAGCUCGUGAGGAGCAGAGAUGUGGUGUUCAUGGAAGAUCAAACGAUUAAGGACAUUGACAAGUCCGGAAAUCCAACUCAGAGUUUUGAGAGUUUGAUCGGACCAGAGGUUGCUCCUUCUACAUCGGUUCACGGUCAGGUCGAAGGUGAGGUUCAUUCUGAUACACCCAAUGCAGAUGCUCCCGCACAUGAUGAGGGUAUUGGUGGUCAUGAUGACGAUCACGAUGGAACACCAACUACCGAGAACCUACCUGCUGUGAGAAGAUCUGAGAGAGGUCCUAAACCGUCGACAAGGUACGAUCCUAGUGAGUAUGUGUUACUCACUGAUGGGGGAGAACCUGAAAGCUUUAUGGAAGCUUUGGAGGAUGAACACAAGGAUAAAUGGUUUGGUGCCAUGGGUGAAGAGAUGGAUUCUUUUGAAGAGAACCAUACUUUUGAUUUGGUGAAAUUGCCUAAGGGCAAGAAGGCUCUGCUUAAUAAGUGGGUGUACAGAAUUAAGCAUGAGGAUACCAGUUUACUACCUCGAUACAGGGCUAGAUUGGUUGUAAAAGGUUACGGCCAAAAGAAGGGAGUUGAUUUUGAUGAAAUAUUUUCUCCUGUUGUAAAGAUGUCAUCCAUUCGGGUUGUACUUGGAUUGGCAGCGAGCCUUGAUCUAGAGGUUGAGCAAAUGGAUGUAAAGGCUGCUUUCCUUCAUGGUGAUUUGGAGGAAGAGAUUUACAUGGUACAACCGGAAGGCUUUGUGAAGAAGGGCAAAGAGGAUUUGGUUUGCCGCUUGAAGAAAAGCCUUUAUGGAUUGAAGCAAGCACCGAGACAGUGGUACAAGAAGUUCAAGUCUGUUAUGGGGGAGCAUGGGUAUAAAGAGACUACUUCUGAUCACUGUGUAUUUGUGCAGGUGUUUGGUGAUGAUGAUUUUAUCAUCUUGUUGUUGUAUGUUGACGAUAUGUUGAUUGUGGGCAGGAAUGUGAGCAGAAUUCAAGAGUUGAAGAAGCACCUCAGCCAGUCCUUUGCCAUGAAAGAUUUGGGUCCAGCGAAACAGAUUCUUGGUAUGAGAAUUGUUAGAGACAGAGGUGAGAGGUUGAUUCACUUGUCUCAGGAGAAGUACAUUGAGAAGGUGCUUCGGAGGUUUCACAUGGACAAAUCUAAAGUUGUAAGCACUCCUCUUGCUGCACACUUUAGAUUGAGCAGUCAACAGAGUCCGAGUACAGAGUUGGAGAAGCAAGAUAUGGCACGGGUUCCAUAUGCUUCUGCAGUGGGUAGCUUGAUGUAUGCCAUGGUUUGUACAAGACCAGAUUUAGCUCACGCCGUUGGUGUAGUCAGUCGUUUUCUCUCCAAUCCUGGAAGAGAUCAUUGGACUGCUGUGAAGUGGAUUUUGAGAUAUCUUCGAGGGACUUCCAGCCUAAAGCUUACCUUUGGAGGUACUAAACCAUUACUUGUCAGUUAUACUGAUUCUGAUAUGUCUGGGGAUGUUGAUUCCAGAAAGUCUACUUCUGGUUACUUGGUAACUUUUGCGGGUGGAGCUGUUGCAUGGCAAUCAAGGUUGCAAAAGUGUGUUGCACUUUCUACCACUGAAGCUGAGUUCAUAGCCGCAACGGAAGCUUGUAAAGAAGUGUUAUGGAUGAAGAACUUUUUGGCAGAUAUUGGUUUCAAGCAAGAUAAGUAUGUGUUGCUUUGUGAUAGUCAAAGCGCAAUUUGUCUCGGAAAGAACUCGACAUUUCAUUCGCGUUCAAAACACAUCGACCGGAGGUAUCACUGGAUACGUGAUGUGGUUGCUUCUAAGGAAGUGGAACUUGAGAAAGUUCAUACGGAUGAUAAUGGAGCUGAUAUGAUGACAAAGUCAUUGCCGAGAUGGAAACUUGAAGUCUGCCGAGGGAUAGCCGGAAUGGCUGUUUCCUCCACCUAG